AUGAGGCUGGGAAAACAGAGAAUCUGGGAUAGUCUCUCACUUCACCCUCACGUGAUCACCCUUCCAGGAAACCUGAAUGUGACGCUGCAGGUGUGGGACAUCGGCGGACAGACUAUCGGAGGAAAAAUGCUCGACAAAUACAUCUACGGAGCACAGGGCGUGCUCCUGGUGUAUGACAUCACUAAUUCUCAGAGUUUUGAGAAUCUUGAAGAUUGGCUGAACAUGGUGAGAAAAUCCAACGAAGAGUCCGGCACACAGCCGGCGAUAUCCCUGAUCGGAAACAAGAUUGAUCUGGAGCAUGUGCGGACAGUAAAGAUGGAGAAGCAUCAGCGCUUCUGUCAGGAAAACGGACUCAUCAGUCAGUUUGUGUCUGCGAAGACAGGAGACUCUGUGUUUCUGUGUUUCCAGAGGCUGGCAGCUGAGAUUGUGGGCGUAAAGCUGAAUAAGGCUGAGAUGGAGCAGUCUCAGCACGUGGUUAAAGCAGACAUAGUGAACUACAGUCAGGAGUCGGUGGCUCGAACCGUCAACCCUCCGCGCAGCUCCAUGUGUACCAUACAGUGAUCAGCACACAUCGUCUCUGUCCGUCCGUCUUGUCCACGUCUGUCCUCUGAAAGUGUCCUGUUUGACGCAGACGGACUCUGAACUCUGCGUAACGGACACACGGAUCCUGCUUUAUACUUCCCUCCCUCUUUCUUUGAUGUUCCUUUGCCAAUUAGACAUUGUGAGUUACUAAAGAAUCUGUAAUGUGUGCAAGAACCAGAGCUUUACCUUCUCCGCUCGUGUAAGUCGAGACAGACGGAUGACGGAUCAUUAUAGAGGAUUGUUGCGUAUAAAUGGCUCUGGAGUUCGAGCUGAGAAUUCGCUCGCACCGACGGAGAACUGACUUCCUCCGGUCAGAGGUUAGAGCAGACGUGUGUGUGUGUGUGUGUAAUGAGAGGAAGUACCUUUAUAGAAGGCCAUUCUGACACAAUUCAAUAUAAAGAACUCUUCACACUGAGCAACAAAAUCAUAAUGACUUGUUUUACACAGUAUUUCCCCAUUUUUAAUGCUUUUUUAAUUUAAUUUGGCAAAUCCAGAGGGAAUAUCUCAUAUGCAUGGACAUAAUCCUCCCCGCUCCGUGUUCAUGAAUGAUAUUUGACGUUUAUGAGCAUCAUAUUGGACCAAUAAUCUGCAGUAAAGCAGGAGUCACACAGAGACGUCUUGUGUAGAGUAUUUGCAGGCUGCCUGUAAACUCUAUUUGAGUGAUUUGUUGGUUUGUGCGAGCGUGAGUGUUUUCAUUUCCACGGGAUCCUCUACUUAGAGAAGUUUCAUUGUGUGACCUCUGAAUGUUUCUGUGUAAAUACUGGCUGUAUUUGUAAACGCAGGCCUGUCCAGGUGUUGUAGAGCGCUGUAGCGUUUAGGAAUAAAUGUCACGACACACACGUUGA